GCAAAGCGACGCAGCCCUGGGUGCAGUCGUCACUCGCGUCUGGCUACCAGCUCCCCGCUGCCCUGCGCACGGCGGGCUGGCAUUGGGCCCGGGGAAAGCGGAGCAGGUCGGCGGGACUGAGGGGCUCGGCGGUGCACCUCGAAGACAGAGUCUGGAGGAGGAGGGAGAGACGUCAAGGAUAGGCCCAGGAGUAAUGGAGUCCAAAGAGGAACAAGAAGUAAAAGAUCUCAACAUGGAACACACCCAUCAUAAAAUGGAAGAAAACCAGCUAGAUGCUAAUAAAGGGGAGCUGGUGGCUCUGCCUUUGGAAGCUGGUGAACACUGUGUGCCUAGAGGAAGUCGUAGGCGCCACCGUGCUAGGCAGCCCAUCCUGCACUAUAGAUGGGACCUGAUGCAUAGGCUCGGAGAGCCCCAGGCUAGGAUGAGAGAAGAGAACAUGGAAAGGUUUGGGGAGGAGGUGAGACAGCUUAUGGAGAAGCUGAGGGAAAGGCAGUUGAGUCACAGCCUGCGGGCAGUUAGCACUGACCCCCCUCACCAUGACCACCAUGAUGAGUUUUGCCUAAUGCCCUGAACCCUGAGAUUUUCUUGGAGAUAACAGGAUGACUCCAUUACCUAAACUUGCAUAUUCGUGAUGUACCCUUGUAAAUCUUUUGAUGUUAUUUGUCCCUCAUGGGUCUCCUUUUCCCAGCUUUUAAUUAAAAGUUAUGCUUUUGACCCAGUCUAUAAGAUUUUUGUUAGCAGAUUUUAUUGCAUGAAAAAAUGUGCAUUAUAUAUUGUGAAAUUAAUAAAGCAGUUUAAAAAAGCAA